UUUCCAUGAAUAUUUCAGAGGCUGGCUGAUGUCAAUAGCACCUCCAAUGCAGCUAUAAAGAGGGUGUCUUUGCACAGGAGACCUCCAAACCCUGCAGACAUCCACCCGCUGAAGAGAAAGACCUCCUGUUUGCAUUUCAGCACCAUGGUCCUCGCCCGGACUCUUCUCCUCGUGGUCACCUGCUCCUGCGCCUACCUGUGGCUCGCUGGUGCGGAGGACUCCUCGCUAGAGACGCGCUCGAUGGAUUUUCCUCUGAAAACCCAACAGGAGAAAGAGCUGAUUGACGCGUUACAAGAGGUUCUGGAGAAGCUGAGGAGCAAAGAGAUGCCCUUAGAGAAAAAGUUUGGCUGGUUGCCUUCGUGUGACGCAGGGGAGCCAUGCGCCGUGCGUAAAGGCGCGCGUAUUGGUACGCUGUGCAGCUGUCCACGGGGAACUUCCUGUAAUUUUUAUGUUCUUAAAUGUUUAUGAAGAGGGGAAAACAUAAGAGGUGCAAGAAAUGACAGAAGGAUAUUUAGGGGUUUGGAGUGACACAAACACGCCCUCUUCUUCAUGUGAGCUAUGGCAGGGAGAGCUGCUAUAUUGUCAUUCUCAUUGGGACAAAAAUAAAAAUGCGAUGUAACGUAUGAUUCAUAAAAGGUGUUUUUCUUUUAUAAGCUUUGCAGUGUGUUGGAAUAUGUGUUGAAUAGUUCUUGUCAGUAUAAGUUCGUGGUCAUGGGGAAAUUAUUUCUAUUUGUAAAGGUGUUCGUGUUGUCAUCAGUCCCUUUUUUCAUACAGUAUGUUUGUUUUUGUUUGUUGUUUUUCUUUAUAGAAGAAGAUAGCAUAUGGUUUCCUAAAACAUUUGUAUUUUUAGGUUAGUAAAUGAGCUUUUGAAUUCAAUGGUCUAUGUGCGUCCAAGGUAAAGACAGACUUAAAUCUAUAGUACUAUGAAAAAAUCUGUUAUCAGCUGGAUUUUUUAAUGGUUCCAUAAAAGUCAGUUGUUGGUCAAUUGCUUAUGAUUAAA